GAAGAUAGGAGGUCUUUAUUUUAUUAGUUUCCGGCACAGAAUCACGCGGCAGCAACGCCGCAGGUAUACUCUCCCGACGGCCACUUUCUUUAAACCCUCUCCCAAACCCCUAAACCGCUAUUCGCUUUCUCCAACUCUCGAUUCCCUUCGUUUUUCAGGUGUAAGUUAUAUUUUCUGGUGCUCUAGUUUCUGCUGGACUGUGUUAUUAGGCUUUUACUCUGUGGGUUAUACUUGUUACCUUGAAUCGAGAACUGGAAACAUAAAUACUCGGUAAUAUAUUUACAAACAGACAGUAUCAACAUGUCGGCUGAUCCCACCUUUGUAGACGAGGAUGGUUCUUCAGGCUCUGCUGAUGACAUGAACAUGUUAGAUGGACAUGGUAAACAUCGGUCUGGAGCACUAAAUUCAGGUCGCCGCAAGAGAAGCCGCAAGGCGACUGGCGAUGCUAUAGUGGACGCGAUGCUUGAAAUUGCAGCGGCUUCAAAGAUGAGGGCGGCCGCAACUAUGAGAAACGAGGAGCGGUUUGCUAUAAGCAAAUGCAUAAAAAUACUAGAUGAGAUACAAGGGGUUGAUCAAAACCUCUACUUCUAUGCACUGGAUUUAUUCGAGAAUCCAAAUGCAAGAGAAACAUUCGUAUCUCUUAAGAACGAGAGGCGAUUGGUGUGGCUGCGUGGGAAGUUCACCGCAUCCUCGAAUUCAGCUUCUUGAGAGAUUCUAUGAUUACAUCAGUUCCCAACUUCCUUCCAUAUACUGCAGUUUGUCAUACUUUGUAGUUAGUUUGAAUUUGUGAUCAAUGGGUAUUAUUUAUCUUCUAUCUUUUGGUUUUUGUAGUAUAUACUGAUGGUACAUGUUAUCAACAUUGUAUGUUUAACUUCUAUUUUAGUAUCAAAGUAGCAUUUUGUUAUU